AUGGAGUAUGGUGUUUAUUUUAUGCAUACUUCUAAAGGCAAUAUCAUUUUGGUGUGUCUCUAUGUUGAUGACAUAUUGCUGACAGGAAGUUGUUCAUAUGAGAUAAUAAAGUUCAAUAAGGUGUUGAUGAAUGAGUUUGAGAUAACUGAUAUGGGAAGUAUGGUAUAUUUUCUAGGGAUGGAGAUUAUGUACUCUAAGAAGGGUAUCAUUUUGCAUGAGCUAAAGUAUGAACUUGAACUUCUGAAAAGAUUCGAGCUGACAAAUUGCCAGACUGCAAUCACACCUAGUGAAACGAAUCAUAAGUUGGACUCUGAUGCCGAGGGUGAUGAUGUAGAUGCUACAACUUUUAAACAGUUGGUUGUCUCAUUGAGACAUCUCUAUAACAUCAUACCUAACAUAUGUUAUGCAGUUGGAAUUGUAAGUAGGUUUAUGAACAAACCAAAGUGGUCACAUUAUCAAGCUGUUGUAAGGAUUAUGAGGUAUACUAAGGGGACUUUGAAGUAUGAAGUGUUAUUCCCUUCUAGUGUUAAGUCUGAAUCAUAA